UUCUGAUCACACGGAUCGCGCGCGUAAGUGAGCCGCACAAGAGAAGAGCCCGCGAAAAAGCAACAGUGAAAACGUGAUUGGCGAUUAUCAGCCCAGAAAAUGUCUCUCAAGAAAGAAUCACCAUCGGACGUCCAACUCCAUUUGGCGGCACUUCGCGGUGACGAAGUGACACUGAGACGCGUUCUGGACAGUGGAAAAGUCCAUGUCGAUUCCAAAGAUGAGGACGGAACGACGCCACUCAUUCUGGCAGCCGCCGGCGGUCAUGUGGCGUGUGUGAAGGAACUGCUGGAGCAGGGAGCAGAAGUCGAUGCCAAGAGAACAACCGGCACUUCGGCGCUCUUCUUCGCCGCCCAGGGUGGACACGUGGAUGUGGCGCGAGUGCUUCUCGACGCCGGAUCGGACGUGAAUUCCGCCUCGCUGGACGGCGCCACGGCGCUGUUCGUGGCGUGCCAGGGCGGCCAUCAGGCCAUGGUGAAGGAGUUGCUGCAUCGCGGCGCUUGCGUGCACGCCAGCCUCAAAGAUCGCGCCACGCCGACCUUCGUGGCAGCGCAGAAUGGCCAUCGAGCAGUUCUGCUGCAGCUCCUCGCCGCCGGCGCCACGCCGGACGCUGCGCGUGGCGAUGGCGCCACUCCGCUGUGGAUAGCGUCGCAGAUGGGCCACGAUCACGUGGCCAAGAUCCUGCUGCAGCACGGCGCCAGCGUGGACGCCGUGCGCUGCGACGGCGCCACGGCGCUGUUCAAGGCGGCGCACAAGGGCCACAGCGCCGUGGUGCACGAGUUGAUCAAGUGGCGGCCCAAUCUCAGCGUGCUGCCCAACGGCGAGACGGCACUGCACGCGGCGGCGCUGUUCGGCCACUUGCCUGUGGUGAAGCAGCUCGUGGCCGCCGGCGCGGACGUGCGCGUGCGGAAUCACAAAGGCUACACGGCGCUGCGCGUGGCGCGCCAGGAGGGCUUCCUGGGCGUGGCGGAGUACCUCGAGGAACGCGAGUGUCGCCUGUCGCAGAGCGGAAGCGCCGCGAGCAGUUGUGGCCAGCUCAGCUCUUCCUGAGCCUCCGUCCUCGCCGCCGGCGGUGUUGAAAGGCGUUCAAAAACAAGAUGACAUUUUCCUGGGAAAACCCGCUGAAGUUGAGGCGAAGAAUAGAAUGAAUAGAAUUCAUAAUCACAGAGGAGAAUUAUCGUUUGGCAAUGAAGUGACAUUGAAAAUUACCAUCAAAUGGACAGUUUUUUACAAUAUUUAAUUUGCAAAAUCUCAAGAGACAAUCUCGAGUGUGACUUCAAGAUAACACUUUCACUGGGAUUUCAUGCCAAAGCAGAAGAAAAAAAAAACACCUGAAAUGUGGCAAUCAAGGGGAGAAUAUGUGAAAUUCUCACCUCAUUUAG